GGGACACGAAUUUCCUGAAGGAAUAAAGGGUUUAAAAUGUGUGGUAUUUUCUGUAUGUUCGAAGCAAACUCGCACGAUGCUGAUAAUUGUCUGUGCACGUAUAAUUGCAUUCAACCGACAGUCAAUCGCAGAGGCCCAGACUACCACUCAUCUGUGACCCUUGAUUUUGAAAAUCAUAGCUUUGUAUUUGGAGCGAGUGUGCUAUGGUUGCAAGGUAAAGAAAUGACAAAGCAACCGGUUGAAAAUGAGCAAUCUGUGUUCAUUUUUAACGGCGAUAUUUUUGGAGGAACGUCUAUACCUAGUGAUGUAAGGAAGAACUUUGGAGAUACGAUUCCAUUACUGCAUCUAUUGGAAAAAUCGGAAGAUGUAAUAGACGAUUUAAUGAAUCUACAGGGACCUUAUAGUUUUGUGUACUUAAAUAAGAAGCGUUCGAAGCUGUAUUUUGGGCGAGAUCCGUAUGGCAGACGCAGUUUGCUUAUUGGAAUGAAAGACAGUGCUAUUCUAUUAACAAGUGUGGCAACAAGAAUGUUAGAUAUAAAAUGUGUGGAAUUACCUGCUGUAGGUAUUUUUACAUACAGUCUUGAAACGGGCGAAGUGGAACUGCUUCCUUGGCCUUUUAGACAUUCUAACUUUAAAGAAAAGGUUAGUGAACUGGAAACUAUACUUAAUAAAACCAUUAAACUGCAACAAAAUUUAGAACUUGCACAUCAUACAUUUAUAAACCCAACAGACAAUUAUUUGCAAUAUCCUCUACUUUCACCAGAUUGUAUUUUUUCAAAUCUCCUAAAUGAUGCAAGAUUCUUUCAAAAUGUGCAGCAGCUCGAAGUUUUAUUAGAAAAAGCAAUUGAAAAACGCAUUGCUACACAACCAGCAUUUUGUCACAAAUGUAUUAAAUCUAGAAAUCCCUGUAUACAUUCCACAACAGGAGUCUUAUUUUCUGGUGGUGUUGACUGUGCAAUAUUAGCACUAUUAGCGGAUAAAUAUUGCAGUAAACAUUGCUCCAUAGACUUGUUAAAUGUAUCCUUUAGUGGAAAUGCUCCUGAUCGUCAGACAGGCUUGCAGACCCUGGAUGAAUUAAAACAAAUAAGGCCUGAGCGGAAGUGGAACUUUGUGGAAAUAAAUGUGAAGGAAAGUGAAUUAAAUCUAGAGAGAGAACGACGAAUAGCAGAUCUAAUAUAUCCACUCAACACGAUUCUGGAUGAUAGUUUAGGUUGCGCUUUAUGGUUUGCCAGCCGUGGCCAAACUGAGAGCUAUGUUUCACCUUGUCGAGUAUUAUUAGUAGGUAUGGGCGCUGAUGAGCUGUUCGGGGGGUAUACUAAGCAUCGUGCUGCUUUAAAACGUGGUGGAUGGCAGGCAUUGCACGAGGCCUUGGAGAUUGAUUGGCAAAACAUUUCAUUUCGUAAUUUGGCACGAGAUGAUCGCGUGGUGUCAGAUCACGGUCGGCAAUUGAGGACGCCAUAUUUGGAUGAAGAAGUUGUAGAGUUUGUUAGAAGUUUGAACUGCUGGGAAAGAACUUGUCCCAGUGAUAAUUUACAACAAGGUGUUGGUGAAAAGGUUUUACUAAGAUCUUUGGCAUAUCAUCUUGGGUUGAAGAAGGCUGCCUCUCUAAGGAAAAGGGCUUUGCAAUUUGGCUCACGAAUUGCUAAUAGCAAAGAAAAUGCACACGAUGUAUCUGCAAGAUUAAAAUUAUAAUUAAAUUAGAUUUUAUUUGUUUGUUUUUAA